AUGUAUUCGUUGCGAUCAGACCGCAAACCCGAAGCUCAAACCAUGUCCACGACGACGACAACAACGACGACGAACUUUUCUAACGCACCCGCUUCCGCACCGAUUCCAGUCCCGGCCAAGCAGAUAUUCACUCCCCCGCCGACCCAACAAGCAGGCCUCUCGACCUCGGCCCCCGCAGCUCCGGGCCUCGGGAACGUCGACCCGGCCGGCCUCUUCGAGUACGGCUUCCCGGGCCCGGUAGCCGACAUCGCGACGCGGCAGGCGCUGAUAUCCUCGUUCGACCGGCGGCUGCGCAACCCGCACUGGGUCGUCGAGCACAUCACGCCGGCGUCGCUCGCGAUCCGCGACGGCGACCGCAAGCACAGCACCUUCGCGGAGGACGAGGCGAUCCCCGAGAAGUUCCGCGCGACGCUCAAGGACUACUUCCGCUCGGGCUACGACCGGGGCCACCAGGUGCCCGCGGCCGACGCGCGGUGGAGCCAGUCCGCCAUGGACGAGACCUUCUUCCUGACCAACAUGUGCCCGCAGGUCGGCGAGGGCUUCAACCGCGACUACUGGGCGCACCUGGAGGACUUCUGCCGCGGCCUGACGACCCGCUACCCGAGCGUCCGCGUCGUCACGGGCCCCCUCUACCUGCCCAAGCGCGACCCGACCGACAACAAGUGGUACGUGCGCUACGAGGUCAUCGGCAACCCGCCCAACGUCGCCGUCCCCACCCACUUCUACAAGGUCGUCUUCGCCGAGGACGGCAAGGCCGGCGGCAACGUCGCCAUCGGCGCUUUCGUGCUUCCCAACGCCCGCAUCCCCAACGAUAAGCCCUUGACCGACUUCGAGGUCCCCGUCGAGGCCGUCGAGCGCGCCAGCGGCCUCGAGUUCGCGGCCAAGCUCCCCGCUCAGCGCCGCAGACGCCUCUGCUCGGAAGCCAACUGCGCCCUUGUCAUCAAGGACUACGCCAACCGCCAGAAGGCCUUCUCGAAGGGCCAGGGAUCUCCGCCCUCUUCGGCUGUUGUGAAGCGGCAAGGUGAGGUGAGGUGA